CGUUCGUCGCUGCUAUCACCGCCGCCCCCUGUCCCGGCCCCCCCUCCCGGGUUUCCUCAGGUUAGCUCGGUCCAACCCGGUUCCCGGGAGGAUGAAGUUCGUGUACAAAGAGGAGCAUCCGUUCGAGAAGCGCCGCUCUGAGGGCGAGAAGAUCCGAAAAAAAUAUCCGGACCGGGUUCCGGUGAUAGUAGAAAAGGCUCCCAAAGCUCGGAUAGGGGACCUGGACAAAAAGAAGUACCUGGUGCCUUCUGAUCUCACAGUUGGUCAGUUCUACUUCUUAAUCCGGAAGCGGAUUCAUCUCCGAGCUGAGGACGCCUUGUUUUUCUUUGUCAACAAUGUCAUUCCACCCACCAGUGCCACAAUGGGUCAGCUAUACCAGGAACACCAUGAAGAAGACUUCUUUCUCUACAUUGCCUACAGUGAUGAAAGUGUCUACGGUCUGUGAAGCUGCUACCCCUGAGAUGGGGGGUUCCAUUCUACGAAGAGAGAGGUGGCACCCCUUCCCUGAUCUUCACUUCCUUCAAGCUCAAACAUCACCUCCCUUCUUCAGGACCUGCACUUCUUAAAAGAUUAAGGCUUUCUAUCCAGCCCCUCUUAGCAGGAGGGGUAAUAGUGGACAUGGCCUUUUGUACCUCUCCUUUCUUCCCCUUUCUUUACCAUCCUUUCCCACUGUGCUUUAUACUUCUUGAUUGUCAAUCUCUGUCACACCCAGUGAUUGUUUUGGUUUCUCUUCCCUUUCUAACUGUCCAGGGAGUUGAGAACCCCAACAAUCCCUUUCACAACCUUCUUUUUUGGGGGUAAUGAGAGGGAUUGAAAUUGUGGGGGAGGGAGUAGGAAUCAUAUCAAUAAAGAGGAAACCACCAAUUGAACUGAA